AUGGCAGCCCGCCUCUCGUUCGGGCCAAAGGUGUGGGAAGUAACUGUCUAGUGCCGAUCAGUAUGCCCAGCGAAACAGAGCAAUGAUUUUCUAGGACUGGGAGAAAAGGGAUCCUGUCCUUUUAAAGGGAGGCUCCGCCUAUUCUAGAAGGGAGGAGCGGAUUGGCUAGCGCCCCUCCCGGAAGUGAACCUGUUUAGCCACGUGUGCAUUCAGUCCCACAUGGCGGCCCGGCUACUGGGGCUGCUCCAGCUCCGCUUGGCCCGAGUGCUCUGUGGGGCGGGGCGAUGGCGCGGGUACUGUGGGGGCCCUGCACCGCAGAGCUCUGCCGUGAGAGUCAGGUUCGCCCCGAGUCCCACAGGCUUCAUGCAUUUGGGAGGCCUACGCACUGCCUUGUACAACUAUAUCUUUGCCAAGAAGUACAACGGGAGUUUCAUCUUAAGGUUGGAAGACACAGAUCAAACCCGUCUGGUGCCCGGGGCUGCAGAGAACAUUGAGGACAUGUUGGAGUGGGCAGGCAUUCCCCCUGAUGAGAGCCCGCGUCGUGGAGGCCCUGCCGGGCCCUACCAGCAAUCUCAGCGCCUUGAGCUAUAUGCCCAAGCCACUGAGGCCCUGUUGCAAACCGGAGCUGCUUACUAUUGCUUCUGUACCCCCCACCGUCUGGAGCUGCUGAAAAAAGAGGCCCUAAGGAACCAUCAGACACCCCGGUAUGAUAAUCGGUGCCGGCUUUUGAGUCCCGAGCAUGUGGCCAGGAAAUUGGCGGAGGGUGCCAAACCAACUGUCCGCCUCCGUCUGGAGGAGGGAGCUGAGACUUUCCAUGACCUGGUACACGGCUGGAACCGACAUGAAGUGGCCAGUGUUGAGGGUGACCCUGUGAUCCUGAAGAGUGACGGCUUCCCCACCUAUCACCUGGCCUGUGUGGUAGAUGACCAUCAUAUGGGCAUCAGCCAUGUUCUUCGAGGCACUGAGUGGCUCGUUUCUACUGCCAAACAUCUCCUUUUAUACAGGGCCCUGGGUUGGGAGCCACCCCACUUUGCCCAUUUGCCUCUGCUUCUUAAUAAGGAUGGCAGCAAGUUGUCCAAGAGGCAAGGGGACAUCUUUCUGGAACACUUUGCUUCGGCUGGCUUUCUCCCAGAGGCUUUGUUAGACAUCAUCACCAAUUAUGGCUCAGGGUUUGCAGGGAACCAGAUGGGAAGGACUCUGCCAGAAUUGAUAGAACAGUUCGACCUAACUGGGGUCAGCACGCAUUCAGCCCUGCUGGAUCUGGAGAAACUUCCUGAAUUCAACAGGCUGCACUUGAUUCGAUUGUUGGAUGACAAGGCUCGGAGGUUCCAGCUUGUGAAGAAGCUUCGGGCCAUGGUGGAAGAAGUGCAUGGAAAGCAGCUGGAGGACAGGGAUGUCCUCAAUGAGGACUACAUCGAGAGGAUCCUUUUGCUGGGACAGGGCCGCAUCAGUCGUUUGCAGGACUUGGUCUCACCAGCAUAUUCCUACCUGUGGACUCGCCCUGCUGUGGCCCGAGCACACCUGCAGACCAUCUCAGGAGAAGUGGAUGUGAUUGCUAAGCUGGUCCUGGGGUUGUUGGAAACACCUGGCUUAUCUCUCACUCAGGAGGUGCUGAAUGGAGAGCUGAAAAGACUAUCAGAGAAGACAGAAGGUGUCGAGUAUGUCAAAAUGAUGAAGCUGCUCCGCAUGGCACUCAGUGGGCAGCAGCGAGGCCCAACUGUUGCAGAGAUGAUGGUGACCUUGGGACCAAAGGAAGUUCGGGAACGGAUGCAAAGGGUGCUCUUAAGCUAGGGAGAAGAUUCUCAGGAUGGAUGGACAGGGACAUAUGGUGAUGCACUUUCCUGGAAACUGCUACUGGGACAUCAGGGCUGAAACCAGUGUUCAACAGGAAGUGUGUGGUGUUAAUGUGAGAACUACAUUUCUGAUUGUCCAUGGGUGAGCAUGAGUGACACACAGUAUGUCUUGAUGGUUUCCUGAUGGCUCCCUCCCCCAGACUUAUCACUGUGACCUGGUUUAGGGCUAGGAAGAGCCCACCCUACCAUCUCAUUCCUUUCUAUUUCCUUGUGUACCAUGUGAUGUACCAGGGGAUUGGGAUUGGUUCUUGUUUCCUGGAAUCUGGUUCCCAUCUGAACAUCUGGCACUGCCAUAGACCUGUAGGCUCACAAACAGGACUCAAGAUUUCAUUGUUUGAGCUUCGUUACUCUCUGGCCUUGUGGCUCUGCACUGAGCCCUAGUUUGGAUUUUGAACAAUAAAGAAUGAAUAAUUCUAGGAAGUCCCAAGAAUGAGUAAAGUCACCUAGGCUUAACUAGGUGGGAUUUUGAAGGAUUUCCCACCAGUAGGGUAGGCAAGACUGAAGGGACUCUGAGGUCUGUUAGGACAGUGUUUCCUGCUUUAUUGCCUGAGCACUCUGUGAGUCCAGCAUCAGGGAGUAUUUUCCAGAUAGAGAUGGAAGGCUUUUCAGAUCCUUAGAGUAGAAUUAAUCCUCCUGAAGUCCUUUAUGUAACCAAAGACCAACCUUAUCAUUUACCUGUAAUUGCUGUCUUCUAAUUGGAAAAAAAAAUGGGGGGAGAGAUAAUAGGGAGGUUAAAAAGUUUAUCAUUGUUUUCAAUACCUUUUGUUUUCACUUCACACUUGUUUCAGAAUAUAUCUCCUCCACCCCUUACUCUUACCCUGUAAACCAUCUCUUGGAACAAGAUUUUUUUUUUUAAAGAAGAAAAAAGCAGUUCGAUAAAACUGACCCUGUCUGACAGUAUAUGUAAUAUUUUACAUCUAUAGUCCUGCUUCCUCACUCUGGAGAGAAAAGGAAGUAUAUUUUCUCAGCUCUUCCAGACCAAGCUUGGUUGUUAUAACUAUGCAAUGUUAGGAAAGAGAUUUUUUUAUACUCUGUUCCUCCAUCAUAAUUAACAAUAAAAACCCUUGCAAAGUCCCAGAAGGGCUGUAUGCUUACUUCAGAGACAGGGGAGCUAGGGAAAAACUGGGCCUACCUUCAGUGUCACAGUGGGCCAGGAAGUUGCAUAUCAGAAGAAAUAGGUACCAUGUGUCAUUGGAGAGGCAGAGCAGGGAAGCCAAUUCAUGGGACCAGUAGAAGAAAAGAAAGGGUGAUUUAGGACUGAGAUAUAUCCCUGAGGCACAGUACCAAGAGGAGGUCCCAUACACUGAGCAUCCUGUGCCUCACAGUCUUCCAUCUUCCCCCUCCACUGGCUUUCCUAUUCCUUAGCCUAGAGUAAGAAUUCUUAAUUUGGAGUCUAUGAACCCCCCCCCCCCCAGGGCAUUGAGGGUUAAGUGACUUGCCCAGGGUCAUACAGCUAGUAAGUGUCAAAUGUCUGAGGCCAGAUUUGAACUCAGGUCCUCCUGCAUCCAGGGCC